AUGGCGUGUCCGGUGGGGCUUGCCCUGUGCGGGCAGGCGCUGGUGGUGCGUGGUGGCAGCCGGUUCCUGGCCAUGUGCACUGCGAGCAGUGACGGUGACCCCAGCCUCUUCAUGUACGACUGCAGCACCGCCGGGAGGAAGACGCCCGAGAGUGGAGGGGAGGAUGGGCAGCCCGUGGACAAGGGGAGUGACACGAUCCUGGCGUCCGCCUUCUCCACGUCCGGCAGCUAUUUUGCCGUAACCGAUGACAGUAAGCGUCUGAUUCUUUUCCGUACAAAGCCGUGGCAAUGUCUGAGUGUCAGGAGCGUGGUGAGGAGGUGCACGGCGCUGACCUUCACGGCCUCUGAGCAGAGGGUCUUGGUGGCCGACAAGUCCGGUGACGUCUACUCCUUCUCCGUGUCGGAGCCAGAUGCGAGCGGCCGCCUCGAGCUCGGACACUUGUCCAUGCUGUUGGACGUGACCGUGAGUCCCGAUGAUAGAUUCGUGCUCACUGCAGACCGCGACGAGAAGAUCCGUGUGAGCUGGGCCGCGGCCCCACACUGCAUCGAGUCCUUCUGUCUGGGCCACACUGAGUUUGUGAGUCGCAUCGUUGUGGUUCCUGGGCACCCCGAGUUGCUGCUGUCCUCCUCCGGGGACUGUACCCUGAGGCUCUGGGAAUACAGGAGUGGCCGUCAGCUGCAUUGCUGUCACCUAGCCAGUCUGCAGGAGCCCGCGGAGCCUGCAGACCACAAGCGACUGGCAGCGUCCAGGAUCGCGUUCUGGGCCCAGCAGGACUACGUGGCACUCCUAUGUGACUGCGUCCCCGUGGUCUACAUCUUCCAGCUGGACAUCUCCGCGCAGCAGCUGGCAUUCACCCAGCAGCUGACCUUCCAGCACCGCGUGUGGGAUGUUGCCUUCGAGGAGGCCCAGGGCCUUUGGGUCCUCCAGGACUGUCCCGAAGCCCCCCUAGUGCUCUACACGCCCCUGGAUGGCCGGUGGCAGGCUGUUCCUGAGAGGGCCUUGGUGGACAGACUGUCCCACUGUCUGCGCAGGAACUGGGCCAUGCUGGAAGGUUCCACUGGGGCUGACGAGGGCUUCCGCGGCCUCUACAAGGCCACCUUCGACAACAUGGCUGCGUACCUGAAGAGGAAGGAGGAGAGGCUGCAGCGUCGCCGGAGGAGCCCCCCGCCCGGAGCGCCGGGGCCAACCAAAAAGAGUAGAGUGGACCAGGCCCUGACCUGCUGACCACGCGCUCCCCGGUGCAGCCCCUCAACUCCGGGGUCGAUCGUGCUGGCUGCCAGCUGCAGGACAUGCCCGGGCCCGAGGAAGCUUGCCAUCCCAGUGACUGAGCUGCUUGGGGUCUGUACCCAGUUGGCUGGAAGGGAGCAGUGGCGAUGCCUUCACCUGAGAGCGAUGCUGUCAGCACGCCGCUGGCUGCUCUGGGCCAUGGUGCCUUUUAGCCUGGCUCCUGCAUGUGGAUGACACUCCAUGGUGUUUCCUGUCGCCCUCCAUGCCCGGGAGGUGUGCUCAGUGAUGGAGGCGAGGCCAGGCCAGAACCCAGCUCCCUUCAGGCUGUGCUAGAUGGGCAGGUGUUCACGGCUGCACUGUCAGCGGGAUGCACCCGCCUCCCGUGAAGACGGGUAUCGAGAGGGUGCGUGUGGAUGGAGCCAGUGCUGCAUGUGACUGAUGUGCUCACUGCCCCAUUUGGGCAAAGUGGCCUACACGUUGGGUCAUUGGAUUAGCCUUUUGCCCUCCUCCUGGCCCGUCUCAAAGGGGACAGUGGGCAGGUCUGAGGGGGACGCUUUUUGGGCCCUCUGCCUUUGGGUCCAACUCAGACACUCCCGCGUUCUCCAAAGUGCCUUGUUUCUCUUCCACUUCAGCCUGUAUGUGGUGCUGGCUGGGAUGGCUCAGCCGCCCCUCCUAUGCCAGUUCCCAGACGUUUGGUUCACGCGUGGAGCAGGCGCAGGUCUGGUGGUGUCGGUGCCUGUGUCCCACGUCACAAGGCCCUGCUGGGUGAGUCCCGGCUCCUUCUCGGUCCCGUUCCUGCUGAGGUCUGGGAGGCAGUGGUGAUGGUUCCAGGGCUCACAUUCCUGCCGCCCAGGGAAGACCUGGCUUGGUCUGAGUCUGGGCUAUCGUGGGCAUCUAGGGAGGGAGCCGGCAGGUGGGCACCCACUCGCCUCGGUCUCUCCCUUCUGAACACAAACCUGCUUCGAAAUUUGUGAAUGUAGAAGAAACUCAGGGUCAGCCUUGCUGGUUGAUGGACCGGUCCUGCCCCCGCCUGGCACUGUAGGGCAUGGGAGCUGUGCUACACAUUUCAGUAUGUGCUCCUGCAGGGAGCACUGAAUCACAUUUUAAAAAUGCUUGGAGGAGCCAUGUUGGCAUAGCGAGUAAUGCCACCGUCCUUGAUGCUGAUGUCUCAUGUGAACACUGAGUUUGAGUCCCAGCAGCUCCACUUUCCAUCCAACUCCCUGCUGUGGCCUGGGAAAGCAGUGGAGGGUGA